CGUCAAUAAGAUUGUAUUAUCUACAGCGAACGAGCUUUGUGUUCUCGUCGCGACGUCGAGCUCGAUUGAUUCUUUGUUUGUAGCUGCUGUUCGAUUGGGCGGCUCGUCUCGCAGACGAUAGCGCUGGAUGGUUGUCGGCGGCUUGUGGAGGUCGACGUCUUUCUUGACUCACUCGCCUAUCUUCUGCACCGUCGAAUCCACACGUAUCCUCCCUCGUUAUACCCAGAGACUCACUGCGCCAAGAUCUUCGAGACGAUCACCGAUACACUUAAUCGCCGGAGGAAGACGAUUUUCGGGCAAUAUGGCCAGCGAGACGGCCCAAGAGUGGCCCGCGCCACUGGUGAGGAAGACGUUCCUGCAGUAUUUUGCCGACAGACAGCACGAGAUUGUUUCUUCCGCCUCGGUGGUGCCACACAAUGAUGCUACCCUCCUGUUUGCGAAUGCUGGUAUGAACCAGUUCAAGCCUAUCUUCCUGGGUACAGUUGGAGCCACCGAAGCAUUUGCCAGCAUGAAGCGUGCUGUUGAUACCCAGAAGUGUAUUAGAGCAGGUGGAAAACACAAUGAUCUCGACGAUGUUGGAAAAGACUCCUACCAUCACACAUUUUUCGAGAUGUUGGGCAACUGGUCUUUUGGGGACUACUUCAAGAAGGAGACCAUCGAGUUCUCUUGGGAACUGUUGACCAAGGUCUUUAAGUUAGAUCCGGACCGUCUCUAUGUGACUUAUUUCGAGGGCGACAAAGACCUUGGCCUCGAGGCUGAUUUGGAGGCCAAGGAGCUCUGGAUGGCAGUUGGUGUUGCCGAAGACCACAUUUUGCCAGGAGACAUUAAAGAUAACUUCUGGGAGAUGGGAGAGACCGGACCAUGUGGACCCUGCAGUGAAAUCCACUUUGAUAGAAUUGGUGGCCGAAACGCCGCCAGUCUAGUCAACCAGGAUGACCCAAAUGUGCUUGAGAUUUGGAACAACGUCUUCAUGCAAUUCGACAGGCAAAAGGACAGGUCCUUGAAGGUUCUUCCCGCCAGGCAUAUUGAUACCGGCAUGGGCUUUGAGCGCCUCGUGUCUAUUCUCCAGGACAAGACUUCCAACUACGCCACUGACGUUUUCACCCCGUUAUUCGCCAAAAUCCAUGAGGUUACCCAAGCUCGACCAUACACUGAUAAGUAUGGCAAGGAUGAUACCGACGGAAUCGACACCGCAUACCGCGUGAUUGCGGAUCAUGUGCGUCUCCUCACAUUUGCUAUCUCUGAUGGAGCAGUUCCAAACAACGAGGGCCGUGGUUACGUUGUCCGCCGCGUUCUCCGCAGAGGAUCGCGCUAUGCCAGGAAAUACUUCAAUGCCGAUAUUGGAAACUUUUUCUCCCGGAUUCUGCCAGCUUUGGUCGAGCAGAUGGGCGAACAAUUCCCCGAAAUUGUCAGGAUGCAGUCUGAGGUUGCUGAAAUUCUGGACGAGGAGGAAGCUCAAUUUGCCAGGACCUUGGAUAACGGCGAAAAGAUGUUUGAGAGAUUUGCUACAAGAGCAAUCAAGUCUGGCACUAACCGCCUCACCGGAGACGAGGUCUGGCGCCUGUAUGACACUUACGGUUUCCCCGAAGAUUUGACCAAGAUUAUGGCCGAUGAGCGUAGCAUUGGCUACAAUGACGAAGAGAUCGAAAUUGCAAGGCUGAAGGCUCGCGAAGCAAGCAAGUCUACAAAGGAGGGUGUCAUUGCAUUCGCCAAGCUGGAUGUCCAUCAGAUCGCUGAGCUAAACAAGUCCGAGGUACCACCAACUAUCGACGACGCAAAGUACACUGGCAACGUUACUACCGGUAAAGUCAAGUUCAUCUAUGAUGGCAAGGACUUCCUGAAAUCCACCAAGGAGUUGGUAGCUGGUCAAAACUUUGGGUUGAUGUUAGAUCGUACCAAUUUCUACGCUGAGUCUGGUGGCCAAGUUGCCGACGUCGGUAGAAUUGGUAUUGAUGGCGGGGCUGAGUUCAAGGUUGUUGAUGUCCAGGCAUACGGUGGCUACAUUCUUCACAACGGAUUCCUAGAGCAGGGAGAGCUUUCGGCUGGUGACGAGGUCACACUUGAAUAUGACGAAAUCAGGAGGCAACCCAUUCGCAACAACCAUACCGGAACCCAUAUCUUGAACCACUCCCUGAGAGAAGUUCUCGGCGAUGAGGUGCACCAGAAGGGAUCCUUGGUCGAUGCGGAAAAGCUCCGCUUCGAUUUCUCUAACAAGGUUCAGCUUACUUUGCCAGAGCUGCAAAAGAUUGAGGAUUUCUCAAACUCGUACAUCAGGCAAAACUGCAAGAUUUACUCCAAGGAUGUCCAGCUUGAGGAGGCGCAGGGUAUUGUCGGUCUCCGCGCUGUGUUUGGCGAGACCUACCCCAACCCCGUCCGCGUAGUCUCUGUCGGUGUUGAUGUUGACACCUUGCUUGCUGACCCAAAGAAUGAGGAGUGGCGCAAGGUCAGCGUCGAGUUCUGCGGUGGCACACACGUGGACCAGACCGGAGAGAUCAAGGACCUCAUCAUUGUUGAGGAGAGCGGUAUCGCAAAGGGUAUCCGCCGUAUUAUUGCGUACACUGGACAGGCCGCCCGCCAAGUCCAGCUCGCUGCAAAGGACUUUUCACAGAGGCUCGACGCCCUCGAGGCACUGCCAUACGGACCUGAGAAGGAGCGCGAAAUCAAGGCCAUCUCUUCCGACCUCAAUGGUCUCAGGAUCUCCACUCUCACCAAGGAGCAACUCCGUGAACGCUUCAGCAAGGAGUCGAAGAAGGUUGUUGACGAGCAAAAGAAGCGCCAGAAGGCUGAGUCUAGCACUGCUACCGAUGCAGUGAAGGCCUACUUCAAGGACCCGGAGAACAAGGAUAAGACUUUCUACGUUGCGAGGUUACCCAUUUCUGCCAACAGCAAGGCUAUCAGCGAUGUUAUCAACUACUGCAAGAAGGAGGCGAAGGAUAAGACGGUUUACGUCUUUGCUGGAGGCGAGGAGCAUGGAGCCGUUAUUCACGGUGUCUAUGUUGGAACUGCCCAUGCUACGGAUGUUCUCGCUGAAGAUUGGUCAGGGGCCGUAGUUGAUAUUCUUGGCGGCAAGUCUGGCGGCAAGCAGCCAACGCGCCAAGGACAGGGUGAGAAGCCCGAGAAGAUUGACGAGGCUGUCGAUGCUGCUACCAAGUGGCUUGAAAGCAAGUUGAAGAUCUAAGCGUCGUUCAUACUCAUAUAUGUGGGGUGAAUUCAACGGACCAAUCAUGGUGUAAAUUAUCACAACGAAGAUAGAAAUAUACUGUCUGUUGUAAUUGCAGAGG